AGAGAGAGAGAGAGAGAGAGAGAGAGAGAGAUGGUAAUCGUUGAAGACCACCAUCAAAUCCCAUCUGCUGCACGAGUUGCUAAGACUCUCCAAAAGAGGAGGCGGCUUGCUGGUUGUCAGCGAGUAGGAUUCGGUUUCCCGAGACGCCCUAAAUCUCAAGUUAUUUCUACUGAAAUCAAAGGAGCUAUUUUGGAAGCGUCUGCUGCUGUUGUCGCUAUAAUAACAUAUGCAGGUGGGGAGUUGAUGACUACGGGCUCUGGGACUAUUAUCGGAUGUGAGGAUGUUAAUGGAACGUACAUCAGUACGAUUUUGACUUCUGCUACCCUCCUUAGAUCAUCUUGGGAAUCAAAUGCCAUAGAAGAUGACAUUAAGGUUAAGGUGUAUCUAGGAGAUGAUAAAUUUUUUGAGGGAUAUGUGUCCUCUCAUGAUUUUCAUUUCAACAUUGCUACUAUCAAUGUCACAUCUGAUGUAGCAUUGCCUACCGCCAAUCUUGGACCUUUGGAUGACAACAUCUCAAUGUUCCCGAGUGAGACCACAUCGUUGCAGAGUCAGCGUCACUUGGAUUCAUUUAAAAUUCGUCCUGGAGACGUGGUUGUAGCCCUUGGCCGCUUUAAUGGUGCACCCCGGCUAUGGUAUGCUCGUGGCGAAUUCAGUACUGAUUCUUGCAGGUUUGACUGUAGAGAGCUUUUCAGGGCGAGUUGCAUUAUUUUACAAACUGGUAUCGGGGGACCCCUUAUCAAUCGUCAUGGAGAAGUCAUUGGAGUCAAUUUUUAUGGUGAUAACUAUACCCCUUUUCUGCCAAUCAACAUAGUUUCCAAAUGCUUGGAGCAAUUUAAAAAAAAUCGGCAAUCCCGUCGACCUUGGAUUGGCAUGGCACUAAGUAAUCUCUAUGCGGCCCCCCUAGGCAAGUUGGAAAAAGUUAUCUCAAAGUUCAGUAUCUCAGAAGGUGUACUUGUUGAUGAGGUUAUAAAAGGGUCCCCUGCUGAACAAGCUGGAAUACGCCGGGGUGAUGUUAUUGUUCAAUGUGGAAAAAAGUUUGUUCAUGGGUUUUUGGAGUUCUAUGAUGUAAUGUGGAAAAAGGUUGGGAAGUCUAUGGAGGUGGUUGUGAUGAGAGAAUCAAGUGCUGCUCAUUUGAAUCUGAAAGUUUUCGUUGAUCAGACUAGCCCCGAUGAACUAAAUAGUUUUUGGAGCAUCCCUACCAGUAAGAAUGGUUAACUUACCAAAGUUGUAUAAGAAGAUGAGGCAGGUUGUGGUGGUUGUUCAGUCUAAGCCUCCUAAGUUGUUGGAGGAGGAUAAGGAUAAGGAAAAGGGAAAGGAAAAGGAAAAGGAGGAGGAGAAGGAAAAGGAAAAAGAGGAUAGGGAAGAGGAAAAGGAAGGGGAAGGGGAAGGGGAAGAAGGGGAAGAGGAAGAGGAAGAAGAGAAGGAGGAUAAGGAGACUUUGUUGGAUGACGGGAGUCUUUACGGCGCGGGUGUUGUAAUUAACGAACAUGGAUUUAUUCUGACUUGUGCACAUUUAGUGCCUAGGGAGUUUGAAGUAAGUAUUCGGGGAUGGAAUGAUGAGGAGUUUCAGGAUGCUUCUGUGUAUCUUUAUGAUACCAACUAUGACUUGGCCAUUAUCAGAACUAGAGCACAUGGUUCUCCAGGGUUGUUUUGCGAAUUUGGUUGCAGCUCAGUUCUUCAUUUUGGGAUGAGGUUGUAUUCCAUAGCUCAUCCAGAUAGGCUUGCUUUUAGUAUUAUUCAAGGUGACGUGGGUCAUCCUAAGAAGCUGAAGGAAGAAGUUCCCUUUCUCAAGAAAAAGAUUUACUAUAGCAAGUAUCCUACCCCCGAAAAGUCAUCCUUCAUCCAGAUAAACAAUAUGAAUGGUUUGUCUACGUCUCAUGGGGCUCCAGUGUUCGACUCCCGUGGGAGAGUGUUAGGGUUGAUUUUUCUCACUCGCCACUUUGAUUUUGCUAUACGCCCGCGACCUUUGAAGAAAUUCGUGAACUUGUGUAAGAAACAAAUAGAGGGAGAGGGAGAUCUACAGGCUGGAGACCAUAUUUGAAGGAAAAGGAAAAGGAGUAGGAGGAGGAAGUUGGGUUUUUAGAGAUCAGCAGUUUGCUCUACCUCCAUUUUGUGAAGACUAACUGACUGCAUGUGAUGUAAUUAACUUCUAGUAUGGGUAGGAAGAAAAAUAGAAAGACUUUGCUUCAUGGUGUUUGAAUAUCGGUCUAAUUUUUGUGUCGUCUAGUUAUUUUGUAAGUUGAUUUAGAAAACAUAUUGUUCUUCUUGAUUUGCUCAUUUAUAUUUUUCCUCGUCCUUCAUUUUUGCCGGAAA